UUGAGAAAACGAUCUCGGCUAUUAUUGACUCUGAUAUUACGAUGCAAGGAAGAAUCCACGUGGCAAAACUGGAUCAUGCGUCUUGGAAAUCUGAUCGUGAGUUUUCCCCCGAUUCUCCUCGAAAUCCCGCCAAAAUAAUGUCUUUCAUGCGCAAUUAAAUCCCACCCCUUUUACAAUUUUCAUUCUCUUCAUUCAUUUCUUUUAUUCACCCGCCGGUUACAAAACUUUUUCAACCUAAUUUUUUGUCUCUUCCUCCUCCUCCUUCUUUUCUCGACCUAAAUAACAAUUAGGUUCAAUUUGUGUUUGACUUUUAGAAAAUGUGGGUUAUUUAGAAAGUGUCAAAAAAUCAUUUUUAUUUCAGAUGCGGAAGAAUAUUCUAAUUUUAUUGGUAUUGCUUGUAAAAUUAUCUGAAAAUACAAAUUUAAUCGAGGAUAUCACGCAGGAUUCAGAAGAAGAAGAAGAAGAGGAAGUUUUUGAUGACGCCGAGGAAGAUCAUCAAACGUAAAUUUAGCUUUUUUCUCAGAUUUUCCGACAAAAUAAAAUUGUUACAGAUUUCCUACACCUCCACCAAUCGGAACAACAAGACGAUCUCCCCAAGAGAAAUUUCAGAUUUUCAAUGAGAAAGAUAUUGUUUUAGGAGAUCAGAAGACAUCAGGAAGUUAUGCGCUCAAAAAACAACCAGCAAAUCGAAGUAAUAAAGCGAGAGAUAUGAUUGGUAAUUCGCAAGAUCAGAUUAUCGCAGGAAUUCCGGAUUUGAGUGAGUUUUGAAGAUCAAACCAUGAAAAAUUACCGUGGUAAAAUCAAAUCACUUCAACGCCCAGAAAAUGUUUUGUGUCCGCGUCUUUAAACUACCGUAUGAUUUAUUUUUCAUUUCGCAGAUGAUCCAUGUUUCCGUCGCUACGAGAAUAGUAUAAUCGUGAAUGCGCAACCAUAUGAGCGCCGAUCAUCAACCGGUCUAAUCCAUUGCAAAUCUCACUGUCUAAGCAGUCAAUCCGGUGUUUAUAGUUGUAAAUCGUUUGUAUAUGACAAUGUGAAUAUGGUAAGUAGAAAAAAGGGGAUUUGAAGGGAUUUUGAAGGAAAACGGAAAAAUAUAGUACACUGCUCCACAAAAGUAUAGCCUCACCCUCAAAAUUUUCGAAAAAUCGAAAAAAUUGAAGUUUUCAGAAAAUAUUUGUUUUUGAAAAAUAUGGACAAAUGGGACACUAAUUUAUCCCAGAAAUCAAAUUUUGAGUUGAUAAGCCACGAAAAGAAUUUUUUGAAUUUUUCAAAAAAUCGAAAAUUUCCAAUCCACAAAAGUAUAGCCUCACUUCAGAAAAUCGCUCUGGAAAUCGGUUUUUGGGUUAGAUAACUUCAGUUAUUGUUGAGAAAUGGUUAGAAUAACUCAUUUCAAGUUGAUUCCAACAAUUUCUGAUCCAUUUCAUUGAUUGUCAUUGACUUUAUCGGGUGUAGCGUGAUGACUUCCAACUUCAACCAAAUUUUUUUGUCAAAAAAUUUAUUUAUCAUAUUAUUUUGGACCAAAGCUUGGGAAUUGGUCUGAAAAUGGUAAAACUUCACUUUUUCAUAAUAAAAACCAAAUUUGGUUCGAAAAUUCGGAGUUUAGACAAGAAAAAUAACAAUUUUUUGGUACAGUACUCUCAUGGAAGUGGGGUUUUCAUUGGAUUUUCAGACUUUUCAGCAUGAAAAUGUUCUGGAAACGUGAGAAAAGCAAGAACCAAGUUUUUCAAAGCCUUUUAAAACUUCUUCUGACAAAAAAACAAUCUGUUGGUGGAUUAAAGCUUUGAGGGGUUUAGAAGUUUAUUUUGAAAACUUUGGAAUUUAACAAAAUUUGGUUUUCAUCAUGGAAAUCGUUAAUACUGGAUCAAUACAAUUUUAGCGAUCUCUUUCAACUCUUUUAAGUGGAUAAAAAGUGAAAAAUGAAUUGCGGAACCAUUUUAAACUUUUUCAAACAAAAAAUUUCUGAGAUUCAUGAAAGUUGGAGAAUUUACAACUUGAUUAGAUUCCUUAAGCAGUAAUAUCGUAAUUGAACAUUGUUUAAAUUUAUGAAAACUUGAAAUAAUCUUACUCUCUGAGCAGUAUUCUCACGUUUCCAGAACAUUUUCAUGCUGAAAAGUCUGAAAAUCCAAUGAAAACCCCAAUUUCAUGAGAGUACUGUACUUAAAAAUUGUUAUUUUUCUUGUCUAAACUCCGAAUUUUCGAACCAAAUUUGGUUUUUAUUAUGAAAAAGUGAAGUUUUACCAUUUUCAGACCAAUUCCCAAGCUUUGGUCCAAAAUAAUAUGAUAAAUAAAUUUUUUGACAAAAAAAUUUGGUUGAAGUUGGAAGUCAUCACGCUACACCCGAUAAAGUCAAUGACAAUCAAUGAAAUGGAUCAGAAAUUGUUGGAAUCAACUUGAAAUGAGUUAUUCUAACCAUUUCUCAACAAUAACUGAAGUUAUCUAACCCAAAAACCGAUUUCCAGAGCGAUUUUCUGAAGUGAGGCUAUACUUUUGUGGAUUGGAAAUUUUCGAUUUUUUGAAAAAUUCAAAAAAUUCUUUUCGUGGCUUAUCAACUCAAAAUUUGAUUUCUGGGAUAAAUUAGUGUCCCAUUUGUCCAUAUUUUUCAAAAACAAAUAUUUUCUGAAAACUUUGAUUUUUUCGAUUUUUCGAAAAUUUUGAGGGUGAGGCUAUACUUUUGUGGAGCAGUGUAGAUAUUAGGAAUAAGGCUGGUUGGAAUCUCGAAAGUUUAAAAAAAACCAAAAAUAGAUUGCACAAUCCCUCAUUCGCUUGCGAUAUACACGCUCUUCCUGAUUCCGAAAUUUCCGUUUCUUUUUUUUCAGAUUUGCGAUCUCUUUGCCCACGUCGGUGAUCAAGCUCCAGCUCGCUUGCUCAAAUUCCAAACUCGUGAUUAUUUCGAGCCCACCUAUGCAGUACAUUGUGCGGAAUUUGGUGCACCACCAAGUCCUCCACCAUCAGAUGAUCAAAUCGAUGAACAUGCAGUUGCUUUGGCCACCCAAACAGCCACUCAAUCAGCCACCAAAACAACACAAAUUGAGGAAUUGAUUCCGCAAAAAGAUCCGGAGGAACAAGAUUGUUUAGAUGGAAAAAUAUCGGCAUUUUUGAGGACUGAAGGUUUUGAACUUUUUAAAAAUGAUGAUGAAGUUAUGGAAAAUGUGGGAGAUGUUGAAGAAUGUGCAGAGGCUUGUAGAAAUAAUUUGGUGAGUUUUGAGGGAUUGAAUAUUUACCAAAACAACAAAAUUGUUUCCAAAAUGGUCCGGGGUAAAAAUUUAGUCCAUUUUUCUGAAUUCUCUUUUUUCCAGAUCAACAACCAUCCUUUAAAAUGCAAAAGUUUUGACUAUAUCCCCUCAAUUUCCACGUGUUAUUUCACAAAAGAAGCAGCUGUUCCGGUUGGAAAUGGACAAUUAAAACAGAAAGAAUCGGCUGCGUAUCACGAGAAAAUAUGUGUCUCAUCCACAAAGUCAGCAUGCUCUGGGGAUUCGGAUUUCGCUGGUGCCAGAAAGUCUUCAAAAUCAUUUUUCUCUCGCCAUCCUCAAAUGAUUCUGGUUGGAUUUGCUGAAAGUGUAAUCGAUGCCUCGAACUUCGAAACAUGUUUUGAUUCUUGUUUGAAUAGUUUCGAAUUGUAUGGAUUUAAUUGCACUUCGGGAAUGUUUUAUUUUGAAGAAGCACAAUUGAAUUGUAUUUUGAAUUCGGAAAAUCGAAAAACACAAGCGGAACUUUUUACGGAAGAAAAUACGGAUAUUGUUGAUUAUUUUGAGGUUGAAUGUGAAACGAGUAAAAGAAUGGCUGGAGUUAGGAAUUUAGGUGAGUUUCGGAACUUUUGAAUGGGUUACGGUACUUUUAAAGUUUAUAAUAAAUCGAAAAAAAAAAUGGAAAGUUAGCCUAUUAUUUUUUUUAAUUUUGCAAAAAAAAGUUUUAAAUUUCAACAUCAGACAAUUUUGUUAUUGCUAUCACUUAACCUGGAACUUCAUUUUUUUCAGAAACCUCGGCCAUUCAAUCGGAUAAAAUGGAACUUGGUUUCUCUUCCUCUUCUAGAUCUUCUUCUUCGUCGGAAGACGAAAAUAAUGGAUCACACUGGGAAAGUUGGUCAGAUUGUCAAGAUGGAAAACAGACUCGACGAAAAUCUUGUCAAAAUUUUAAUGUGAGUUUGAGGUGGAUAAAAUUAUGUUGAAAAUUUUUGAAAUUAAAAUUUUUCACUGGAAAAUCUCUAGUUACAAUUUUUUGAUGAAAUUUUUUCACUAAUUUUUCAACAUUCAAGAUUAUUUUAUUUGUUCAAAAUUUUGAAUCAAACUUCCUACACGAAAAUUCCAAAUUCAAUUUUACCUCAAAAAAUCCAAAACUUCUCACAGGCCAUCGAAGAUUGCGCUGAAGAAGUUCGAGAUUGUCCCCUUUCACCUCAAACAUCAGGCGGCCUUCGAUUAUCAAUAAAACCAUCCGAAUCCAAAUCAAAAGCUCCAACAAAAUCCGAAAUCGCAGCUGUGAAGCGAAAAAUCCGUCAAGAAGGUUUCAAAUGUCCACUCAAUCAAUGUUGCCCAGUUUUUUCCACGUGUUCUUAUGGAUUACGACACAAUUCACACACAAAACAAUUGGAAUGGUGUAAAAGACCGUGUGGAAUUGGAAAUAUGAAAAAACGGGCAAGAUUGGUAUGA